UUAUUGAUUAGCAGGGGUCGAGCUGUUGUUGUUGCGGUUUUGUUUAUGUCUGCACCUAUCGACUGGACAGCUUCUGUACUGCAACAGUUAGAAGCACGUGAAAGUCAACUUGUAACUGAAUAUUUUGGGUGAUUUAAUAUACUAAUAGAAAACUGGAUAAGGAACUCCGAAGAGUAUACGAUAAAAACUUAACGCCUUCUUCAGCUUGCAUUGACUGUUUUGAAUAGACAACGAACAAACAGAAGCGCGAAAUGCAAGGUCCUAAGGCAAAUUAAAUAUGGAUGGGUAAGAAGGACUUUGCUGGAGGGAGUCGAUCUUGCUGUAUCGGGACAACUUAAAGCUGAUAAAUCUACAAUCAUAAUUAUGGCUAUUCAUUUUGAAUUACACUACACAAAGAGCCAGAUGGUUGCGAUGCUAUGUUUUGCCACCAUGUUUCUGAUGAUUGGGUACAAUAUCAAUGACUGUGAAAAGGCUGACUAUUAUGAAUCGCGGAGAAUAACUGCAAGCAUUGCCUCAUAUCAUCUUGGGGAGAUCAAGGUAGACAAACCAUUUGCUUAUUACAUCCUAACUGAGAAAUGUCUUUCUCCAACUUUACUGGAUAGCAUUGCAUUAGGAGACAAAACAAGGUGUGAUGUCUAUGUGAAUUCAUAUCAAGAACAAUGUGAUGAUCAAAAUACACCAGCACAUGUUAAAUAUAUUUAUAGUUCAAAAACAACAUGGACUUCAGGACGAAAUAUGCUAUAUGAGUAUGCAAAGGCCACAAAGAAACAGUACUUUUAUCAUAUCUUUAUGGAUGAUGAUGCCAUCCCUAUUUAUACAGAGCAUGUAAUAGAAUUUGGUAAAAGAUUUAAUCAUAGAGAAGGUGAUGCAACAUUGUUUCAAGAUUAUAUCCAGUCUGAAAAGGGUCUGAAAGAUGCUGUAGAUUACCAGAUGGAUGGCAAAUCAGCUUGGAGGCAGUUUGAAGAUGAUCUUUUAAUUAAGAGUCCAGCUUUUGCAGUAACAAACUUGAUCCGCCUGCCAGAUGGGUUUGAAUCCAGACUCCGCAUGCACAAGCACUGGGAAGAAGUUUGUCCGAAGGAAAAAGAAAUGCCGCCUACCGUGACAACAUUUUACUUUGAUGAGCUAUUCAUUGCAUUCCACAGAGAGGCAGUCCCGUUAUUGCUACCUUAUACAACCAUGUUUGACAAUAUUAGCUGGCACUUAGCAGGUGUGAUCAACAUCUUCAGAGCAAGAGCCUUACUCUAUAAACACGGAAUGGCUAACUACAAGAUUUCUGUUGUAAAUCAUAAACAUAGGUUUUAUCCCCGAGGAAAAAUACCACGUGAUCUUAUCAAACAGUAUUUGAGAAAAGACGGCAAAGACAUUAAAGGACUUAUUGAUUCAAGGGAGCUAGAUUACAAUAAAUUCAGUAGCUGGGAACAAUGGGAAGAAGUGUUUAUGCACACCAAAGAUAUCUGCACAGAGCAAAUAAAGUUCCCACUUUGGCGCCAUUAUAGACAGUGAAAUCACACAAGGAUAAAUUCAUAGGUUGGGGAACAUAGCAGAUUCGGAAAUAGAACAAGGGCUCUAGAUGUCAUCAUUGCAACAGAGCUUACCAUUAUCUUAUUUGACCAGUGAUUUACUUAUUUCAGUCAAUUAGCUCCCUGGCAUGCAUGGAAUGUAAUAUUGGCUAUGAUGCCAAUUAUAGUGUCUGAACUUUUGUCAUAAGAAAAUCAAAAAUGGAUGUGCAGACUUGGAUACUAACUGAUUAAGUUGAUUCAUUGAUAAGGUGAUUUAGUGUAUAAUAAAUUCUGUGAUUGAAAUUGACUGGGAAAAAAUGAUUCAGUGAUUAAGUGAUUCAGAGAUCAAGUGGUGAAUAAGUAUUACAAUGGAGGGAUAUAGGAUAACAGAUUUAACAAAAAGUGAAUUGACAUAUAGAUUGCAAAUAGAAUGCUAUGGUUGUUAAAUGACAUUAAAAAAUUAUCUGCAUUCGUUAGCGGGCUGAUAAAUUGAUGGCCUUCAAUUCCAUUCUUAAAUUCUGAUUUUCCAUUCCAUGUAUACUUUUCCAUAGCUCAUCUACAUGUUGCCAAUUGAUGCAAUGUUAGAAUUAAUCUUUUGUUAAAGCAUCCGCCAAAGCCAUUUUAAAAAGAAUGCUGUAUCAAUUAAAGUAUAUCUAUAAAUUUUGUAUCUUUUAAUAAAAAGAUUUUUUGAAAAUCAGAUAGAAAUCAUUUUUCUCUCGCUAUAGUGCAACACAUUUUUUAUCGUCAAUUUUUGGUAAAAGAUGCUUAGAACAAAGUAGCUGUAUAGUUUUUUAUAU